UUAUGUCCAGAUUUUUUCCUUUUAACUCGCUGCCUAAACCCUACACCGGAAAAUUUCACACAGCGCCAUGCUUCUCCAACCCGCCUUCCCAAAAUCUCCUUCAAUUUAUCCUAACCAGAAUAGCACUGUAUACGCUCCAAAUGUGCCCUCAUUUUCAUCUGGGCUCCUUAAAAAUUCGACCUUUUUUCUGAAACAGUCCAUCUUAUCCACCAGCUACAGAAUCCAUCCGAAAAAUCCGAUUUUUAUUACGUGUUCAUCAGAAUCGAAUGUUCACAGCUAUGGGACAGUUGACUAUGAGAAGAAGCCCACGCUGAAGUGGAACAAUAUUUGCAAGAAAAUUUUUAAGCUGGAAAAGUCGAAUUUGGGGGCUGCUUCAGUGUUGACUCAGGUGGAAAAUGAGGGCAAGACGAUCACAAAAUUGGAGAUUUUAAAAAUUUUGAUGGAGCUCAGGAAGUUUAGGCGGUUCAAGCUUGCACUUGAGAUUUUGUUUUUCUUGUUAGAUAAUAGUCUGUUUGCAUUGGCACAAAUGCUGAGAAUUGUGCUUAGGGUAUGUGAAUGGAUGAAUAACAGGUCUGAGAGGUUCAGAGUAACCACCAGGGAAACCACCAUACACCUCGACCUCAUCGCAAAAGUGCAGGGCGUCUCGAGCGCCGAACAAUACUUCAAAAAAUUACCGGACGCCUUAAAGGACAAGAGAGUGUACGCCUCCCUCCUGAAUGCAUACGCCCUCUCGAAAAUGAGGGAAAAAGCUGAGUCCUUAUUUGACAAAAUGAGGAAUCGAAACUACACCGACUACACUCUUCCUUUCAACUUGAUGAUGAUCAUCUACAGGAACCUCAAAGACCACGAGAAAAUCGAGUCAUUAGUAUCAGAAAUGGUUGAGAAAAGGAUAUCGCUAGAUAUCUAUACCUACAAUAUAUGGCUGUCUGCCUGUGGGUCCCUCGACAAAAUGGAGCAAGCUUUUAAGCAGAUGGAGCUCGACAACUCUGUAAAUCCCAACUGGAUAACUUACAGCACAAUGGCCAUGAGGUAUAUUAAAUCGGGGCUCCUGGAGAAAGCUGAGGAAUAUCUGAAGAAACUCGAGGACGAGAUUACAGGCCAAAACCGUUUGCCUUACCACCAUCUCAUUAACCUGUACGCUGCUGCAGGCAGGAAGGAGGAGGUUUAUCGAGUGUGGAGCAUUUACAAGGCCUCAUUUGUAAAUAUCCCUAACUUGGCGUAUCAUGAUGUAAUUUUAGCCCUCACCCGCUUGGAUGACACUGAGGGUGCCGAGAAGAUGUACGGCGAGUGGCUUUCGGUAAAAUCGGCUUACGACCCGCGGCUGGGGAAUCUGCUUCUGAGCUCCUAUGUGAGAAAGGGGCUUUCAGAAAAGGCUAAGACUUUUUUCGAGCAGAUGGUGGAGAAUGGGGGGAAACACAACUCGAUGAGUUGGGAGAUACUCUCGGAGGACCACAUUGCAAAUAUGAGGAUUCCCGAGGCCCUUUCUUGCCUGAAAAAUGCUGCGGCCUUAGCUGAUGAGGGGUCGAGAAACUGGAAGCCGAAGCCCGUAAAUGUGUCGAAAAUUCUCAAGAUUGUGGAGGAAGGUGAUGACGUGGCAGGUAAGGAGUCAUUGUUGGAGAUUUUGAGUGAGGUUGGGUGUCUGAAGGAUGCAGCUUACAUGUCAUAUAUACCAUUGUCGGAUGGUGAAAAGUUUGCUGGGAUGGGUUCAAAUAGUGCGGGUGGGGAUGAGAGUGAUGAUGGAAAAUUUGAGCUUCUUGACCAACUCCAGGAGAGCUUUUGANGUGUGGGAAUAUUGGUUUCUCCAGGCAUUGUUUUGUUAUUGACUCGAACUUCAUUGGCGCUGUUUUUGUU